AUGACGGACAUCAUAGUCGGGGUUCCCACCAGCUCAGAGCUCGCUGAGGCGCGCAGGACGAUCGUGUCCUGCGUCCUAGCGCUCUUCAUAGAGUCGGUUCUCUAUGGUGCCUUCGCGGUCGCAUACGGCGUCAGUACAUGGAUCCUGCUGUACAGGCGGUCCCCGCAAGGAUGGCUCUCGCGAGAUAUGAUCUUGUUCAUGGCCGCCACACUUAUGUUUUCCCUGGCCACAACGCACCUCGGGCUCGACGUUUACAUAGCGAUCAGAAGCUUCCUUGCAACAGGGUCCGGCUUGACGACGAUGUCCAAUACGUACGAAACGCUGAAUGACUGGCCCACAAACCCCGUCGGAGCAGCGAAGUUCGCCUUCUACGUCACGCAAACACUUAUCGGCGACGGGUUUAUGAUCUAUCGCGCGUACAUUGUAUGGGACCGUAUGUGGCUUAUCACACUGGUACCGAGCGUACUUCUGCUCGUAGAAGUAGUACUGGGAUAUACCACUGCCAGUCUGAGCCGGCUAAACGCAACCCAGGCGCAGGCCACAGCCUGCGUCGACGCGUGGUGCAUUAUUUCCGUCGUGCUGAACCUCCUCUGCAGCGGGCUGAUCAUGAAGCGCAUACUAUGGCCCGCCACGAAGCACGCCCGCGUCGCAAGCAACGGCUCGAAGACGAAGAGUGUGCGGCGGCGCGUCGUCGAAUCCGUCAUCCAGUCCGCCGCAAUCUACUCCGUCGCGUCCAUCUCGUUCGGCAUCACCUCCUUCCUCAGCCCCGACAUCGGCUUUCCGAUCUGCCACAGCCUCUUUCCCCCGGUCAUCGGCCUGGUGUUCCUGCUUAUCGUCAUCCGGAUCAACCGGAACGCGAGCGCGGGCGAGACGUCGUCGGACGGGCUGCGGUACCUGCAGGACGUGGGCUCGCGCCAGAGCCACUUCGAAGUGCGUCCGAUGACGAUGCUCGCGCCUGCGUACGAGAGCCCGCGCCGGUCGAGCUUCGGGUCGCGAUGCCAGGAGUUUGUGCCUAUGGAGAUCGCGGAAAAGGGCGGGAGUCUGAAGGCAUGA